AAGGUAGUUUCAGCUUGAGAGAUAGAGUUGCUAAAUUCCUUCAAUUAAUGAUAAAAAUUGAUCAUCAAGACGCGAUGAUGAUGAUGAUGACGACGAUGUUCAGUUAAUCGGAACUUUGCUUGACGAACAAGUAGCUUAGCUGUUUCUCUCCUUCUAACCUUUCAAUUUCUGCUUGUUUUUGGAGAACAAUUCAUCGCCCAAUUUGUUAAGAUCGUAAAUUGAAGCCUGUGGAGCAAAACCCUAAAAUUAAAUCCUGUUCUUCUGUUGGAGGAACACAGCCUAAUAAUCUUUAGCUUCUAGAGCUCUUGUUGUAAAUGGCGGACCUUAAAGAAAGAUUGCUACCACCGAAACCUGCAUCUGCUAUAAAUCUUAGAGAUACAUCUUAUCGACCUUGUGCAUCUGGGCGACAACCUUUUCAAAGUGUAGAUGUUCUAGGCUUAAAGAAACGCGGACAAGGUCUUCGAUCAUGGAUUCGUGUUGAUGCAUCUGGGAAUUCUCAAGUUAUUGAAGUUGAUAAGUUCAGUAUGAUGCGUAGAUGUGAUCUUCCUGCUCGUGAUCUUCGUUUGCUUGAUCCUUUAUUUGUGUACCCGUCGACAAUUUUGGGAAGGGAGAAGGCUAUUGUUGUAAAUUUGGAGCAGAUUCGAUGUAUCAUUACAGCUGAUGAGGUGCUUCUUUUGAAUUCUCUUGACAGCUAUGUGUUGCAGUAUGUAGUGGAAUUUCAAAGACGACUAGCUGCUGGAGCAGGUGAGGUUUGGCAGACAGACGGAAAUGAUAUGAGUAGAAGGAGAAGUGGUAGAAAUCUUGAUAACAUGUUUGCAAAUGCAUCACCUGAUUACUUGCCAUUUGAGUUUCGGGCCCUUGAAGUUGCUCUGGAAUCUGCUUGUACAUUUCUUGAUUCUCAGGCAGCAGAACUUGAGAUCGAAGCAUACCCUCUUCUAGACGAGCUUACGUCAAAAAUCAGCACUUUGAACUUGGAACGCGUUCGAAGAUUGAAAAGCAGAUUAGUUGCCUUGACACGACGAGUUCAGAAGGUGAGGGAUGAAAUAGAGCAGUUAAUGGACGAUGAUGGUGACAUGGCUGAGAUGUAUUUAACUGAAAAGAAAAGUAGGAUGGAAUCAUCAUUCUACGGCGAACAAUCGAUAAUGGGUUACAGAUCAAACGACGGUCUCUUGUCUGCUUCGGCUCCUGUAUCUCCAGUUUCAUCUCCUCCGGAGAGCUGCAGAAAACUGGAGAAGAGCUUGAGUAUUGCCAGGAGCCGACAUGAAAGCACUAGGAGUUCAGAAACUGCUACAGAGAGCAUAGAGGAACUUGAGAUGCUUUUGGAGGCUUAUUUCGUUGUUAUUGACAACACACUCAAUAAGUUGACAUCAUUGAAGGAAUACAUUGAUGACACAGAAGAUUUCAUCAACAUUCAGCUGGAUAAUGUAAGAAACCAACUUAUCCAAUUUGAGCUUCUCCUCACAACCGCAACAUUUGUGGUGGCCAUAUUUGGUGUUGUGGCCGGAAUAUUUGGUAUGAAUUUUGCGGUUCCAUUGUUUGACGAUACAAAUGCAUUCAAAUGGGUGCUAAUAAUAACGGGAAUAUGUGGGGCAGUUAUAUUCUGUUCAUUCUUAUGGUUUUUCAAGUAUAAGAGGUUGAUGCCACUGUAGGAAAGCUGUGUCAAUCCAACCUCUUUUGUUUUCUAUAAUUAAAAGGUCAUCUUAUAUUCAAGAAGAUGUCUUUUUAUUGUUAAGAUUAUUAUAUGGCACUCUAUACAUAAUAAUAAUAA